AGCUCUGGCUGACUCAGUUGGCAUACCUGGGAACGAUGCCAAAAGUAGUAUCGCGCUCAGUGGUCUGCUCGGACACGCGGGACCGGGAAGAAUAUGAUGACGGCGAGAAGCCCCUCCACGUCUACUACUGCCUGUGCGGCCAGAUGGUCUUGGUGCUGGAUUGUCAGUUGGAGAAACUGCCCAUGAGGCCCCGGGAUCGGUCGCGGGUGAUUGAUGGGGUGAAGCACGCGCACAAGUUCUGCAACACGGAGGACGAGGAGACCACGUACCUGCGCCGGCCCGAGGGCAUCGAGCGGCAGUACCGGAAGAAGUGUGCCAAGUGCGGCCUGCCACUCUUCUACCAGGCGCAGCCCAAGAACGCCGCCGUGACCUUCAUCGUGGACGGGGCGCUCGUCAAGUUCGGCCAGGGCUUCGGGAAGACCAACAUCUACACGCAGAAGCAGGAGCCGCCCAAGAAGGUGAUGAUGACCAGGCGGACCAAAGACAUGGGCAAGUUCAGCUCGGUGACCGUGUCUACCAUCGACGAAGAGGAGGAGGAGAUCGAGGCCCGGGAAGUGGCCGACUCUUACGCACAGAACGCCAAAGUGAUUGAGAAGCAGCUGGAGCGCAAAGGCAUGAGCAAGAAGCGUUUGCAAGAGCUGGCCGAAUUGGAGGCCAAGAAGGCCAAAAUGAAGGGGACGCUGAUUGACAACCAGUUCAAGUGAGCGAGACCUUGCUCCGAGCUGGUUGGAAGCAUUUCCGGCAGGAGGGGGGGAAACUGUUGUUUGAUUUUUAUUUCCUCUUUUUUUUUUUAAAAAAAAAAUUGUUAUUUUCCUGUCUCCACGGACCUGUCCUCCUAUUUAUGCCCCAGCAGAAGGCUCUGUGGGGCUUUCCAGUGAUGCAUUGUACAUGCAGUAGUUCCCGUGAGACCACCUGAUCUGCUUUUAGAGUUGAGCUUUUCAAAGCAUUUCUGUAUAUGUUUGUUUGCUUUGCGUUUUGUUGGAUUCCUGUGACGUAAGUUCUU